AUGAAAGCAACAAAUAAUGAAAAUAGUAAUAAUAUAGAUACCAAUAUAAAUAAUAAAAAUGUACAAAAUAAUAGCAAUACAAAAAUUUUUAAUAGUAACGAUUUUUAUUCAGGGUUGGUUGCAGGUAUAGUUUCAAGAACAUUAACAGCACCAUUAGAACGUGUUAAAAUUUUAAAUCAAGUUGGGAUCUAUAUUAAAGAUGGUCAUACAAAAUAUAAGCAUGUAGGAAAGGCAAUGAGAACCAUACUCAAGGAAGAGGGUGUUAGUGGAUUGUUUAGAGGUAAUUUAGUUAAUAUACUUAAAGCUGGACCCCAAUCAGCAAUUAGAUUUUAUUCUUAUGGUGCAUUUAAAAGAAUGGUACAACAGGCUGAUGGAUCUAUAUCAUUAAUUAAUAGAGUUUGGGCAGGUGCAUCUGCAGGUGUUGUAUCUGUUGCAUUAACACAUCCAUUGGAUGUUAUUAAAACCCAUAUAUCUAUUAAACACACAUCAAGCGAAAUACUUCAAGUAACAAAGUCAAUUUAUAAACAAGAUGGAGUUUUUGGUUUCUUUAGAGGUUUAAGUGCUGGAAUUUUAAAUAUAGCUCCAUUUGCAGGUUUAAAUUUUACAUUUUAUGAAUUAAUCAAAGAAAAAACAGAAUCAAUUUUAAAAACACCACCAAUUUAUUUUCCUUCCAUUUAUGGUGCAUUUUCUGGAGCUAUUACAAUGACAAUUUUAUAUCCUUUAGAUGUAGUUAAAAGAAGAAUCAUGUUACAACAUUAUUAUAAAGAAGAGUCAAGCAAGAUUUAUAGAAACUUUAUUGAUGCAUUAAUAAAAAUUGCAAAAAAUGAAGGUAUUGGUUCUUUAUAUAAAGGUAUUAAACCAGCAUAUUUUAAAGUAAUUCCAACAGUUAGCAUAAACUUUUUAAUUUACGAAGGAACUUUAAAUAUAUUCGAUAGUAAUAAAAAGAAAUAA